AUGGCUGGGCAUGUCUCGAUGAUCGGUGACGACGAUUCGCGGCGCUACGCCACGCCGCGCCGCGACGACGAUGACAUUGCCCAGCCACGACUUGCCAAGCACCUGCUUGCCACGACCGAGCCCGAUGGCAGCUCCCACCAGAUUGCAGGGGGCGAGGGCGUCGUCGGCAUCGACGGCGUGUCAGAGCACGGCGAGCGCCCGCUCUUAUCUGCCUCGGCAAUUGCCACCAGGGGCCGCUUAACCUGCAUCGGCGCUUUCGGUGGAUACGUCCUGAAGGACAGCGAGUUCGCCGGGAAGGUGCACCAGAUGAUCGGCCAGCGCGCGGCUGAAGAGAGCGAGGGCGUCGCGCCGCUGUGCCUGCAAGGUGGCGUCUACAAGAUGAACGCGUUGAUGGGCGUUCCGAUGCCAGCUGCCUCGUCGGGGCCCGCGGCGGCGCUGAAGACGGAGACGGGAGCCAGGGUGGCGAAGACUAGGCUACCGGCCAUGCCGCGUUUAGGGAUUGGCGCGAAGGUCGCCGCGCAGCCCGAGGACUCGGACAAACGCGCGAGCUACAAAUUGAACCGCGUGAAGGUGCAGACCCAGUCGUGGCCAUCGACUUCGCAUGAGCUCAUGACUAGUGGGCGGGGAGACCGGGAGCCCGCGAACGGGUCUCGCAAGACAGCGGAUGCGGUCGCGGCGCCGACGGUGGAGUUCCCGCCGCGAGAACCGCCAGCAAAAGAAUGCCAAAUCAAUAAAAGCAUCGAAGUUGCUGCACGAAAAGUCAAGAGACAGAUCAGGGCGAACAGGCACGCCCUGGAGGCCAAGCUCGGCAAGACGGUGGACGACGCGCAUCCCAUUUUGAAGUGGCUGCCGCAGCAUGCCGCAGCCUGUCUUGGCCAGUGCCGACGCGGAACAGACGGCCCCCCUGUAGAGCAGCGGCGCCCAGGCCGCGAUUGGAAGAAGCUGGUGGCGGAGUUCGGCGAGCGGGCGAUGCGCUGGCCGCUCGCGCCAGGUGGUCGCAGGAGCACCGUGGAGGAUCGCGCGAAGUCUGGGGAAUUCCUGGGCUGCCAUAUGCGGACGGGGGCCCUGUUCGUCAUGGCGGCUGACGGCGCGGAAAAGGCCCGAGGUUUCGAGAAGUCGCCGAGGGGGCAGGCCUGGGGCGGCAAGGACUGGGGCGCUCUUCGAGGGCAAGAUCUCAAGUUCCCCCGCGAAGAGUGCCGCGACAUGAUCGCGGAGCUGAUGAUGAGCGACCCUGAGGCGGCGGAAGCAAUCCGAGCGCUGGCAAGAAGCGCCAAGCGGUCGCAUCCGACCCUGGACGAGCCACAGGGUUUCGAGGGGAUGCGCCAGGAAGGUAUCGCCGGCGAGUUCGGCACCUGCAUCGGCAUCGGCUACGAGACCGAACCAGACACAAUACAGACCAAUGGGCAUGAGAAGACCACCGGGUACGACAAGGGCGGUACGUUCGCAAGGAUUUACCAGUUGGCGGUAUUUGAGACGCGCUCGUGCGCCAACAUCGACAACAGCGAUCAGCGCCCAGAGCGGGCUGAGGAGAUCUCGUCGCUACUUACUCAGAUGUGCGUUGUAUGCAUCGCUGAGAUGACGCUGAGGUACGGUCUCACGUCUGGCCUGGCGGUGGACAUCGAGACCAGUUGGGUUCCACGACUUUCCGAGCAACGCAGCGAGCGCAAGAAGCAGCUUGGGAAGGAAGACCCGCUGCUCACGAUUACUAGCCCGCUGCGCACACCAUUCACCAACCUGCGCAAGUUCUCGGACCAAAAGCGCGAUGCGAAGAGCGAGGGGCAGGCGACCGGCCCUGACGGGAAGCCGGGCUUCGUUCGGAAGGAGACCGGGUGGCUCACCAACAGAAAGUUGCUCGCGAAGAUCCUCGAGGGCCACUGCGAGUGUCCUAGAGGAGGGCAGAGGUGCUUGGCGAGUACCAGGACGACUUACUUCAUAGACGAUCUCACGGGCAACGUUCUCCAUUCCGUGGGCGCGCAAGCUGCGAGGCAGGAAGAACUGGAAUGGUGCCGCGGAAGGCAGAUAUGGCAGAAGGUACCCAGAUGGGAGAUGCCCACGAAGGGCAAGAAGGCAGUUACCCUAAAGUGGAUCGACACGAACUGGGGGCGCGCGAACAACGCCUGCCGCGAUGGCGACGCCGCGGGGAUCAUUCACAAGCUUUGCGAAGUUUCAAUGGCGCACUUCUACGGCGACGUGAAUCGCGAGGUGCACAUGGAGUUACCCGAGGGGGAAGCCCGAGGCGAUCUUGAGCCGAUGGCGGGCAAGCCACUGCACUCGAUGCACGGCGCAGCGGAUGCCAGCUACGUUUGGCAAGACGACCACAUUGGCCUGACAAACUCACGCGGCUUCCAGAAAGGAGUUUCGAACCCAGCUCUACUCUACCAUACCGAGCGCCACGUGCAAGUGGAGGUCACGGGUAUCCUGAGCAGCAAGCCGCUGAAGGAGCAGAGCGUGGUGCACCUCCACCGGGCGUUGGUCUGGAACCCAUUCGAGCUUUCGGCGCGCCUCGAGGCAGACGCCCGGCGCGCGAAGGAGGUCGGCGGCGGAUUUCUGAACAACGACCGGGCCUUGCCGAAGCUGGACGACGAGAAGACCAAGACCUACCGCAGCGCGACCGCGAGGAUCACGCGCCCGAGCAUGGACAUACCCAGUUUCAGCGACAGCGCGAAACUGCAGGCCCUCGACCAGGACAGGAUGGAGCGGUUGGCGAAGCUGAUCUGCUUCGCGAUGAAGACCGGUGAAGAUCCACCGACGUGCCCGCAGCCGUGCAGGCUCAUAUCCCUACGUGCCUCCGAUACCGUACUCUGCGCGUGCCAUGCUCUGCUGCUGAUCGCAGGACGGCUGCCCACUCGGCGGACGAUGUGGCCGCCCGCCCUGGGCGUGGCCGUCCUGGCCCUCCUCCUGCCCGCCCGCGCCCACGGCCAGACGGGGCCCGCGGCGGGCGCGGGGCGGAGGUGCGCCGAUGACGUCACCCUGAUCCAGGGCGACGUCAGCGUGCUGCACAGGCCCGCGGCCGACGUCCAGCAGCUCCUGCGGCCGAGCCCUGGGCGGUGGUCGCCCUGGGACGCGCUCUCGCCGUCGGCGUCCCCCGACAGGCCCGUGGUGAAGAGCUUCUCCGCCUCGGGCGACGACCCGAGCAAGGGCGUGCCGCAGUCCAUGCAGGUGACCGCCAACAGCGAUGCCGACUUGGGCACCCUGCUGAGCGCCAUCCUGUCCAACUCUCUGGUCCUCGUCGGGGCAGCGGUGGCGUUCUGCGUGCGCGGGCUGGCGGGCUCCCAUCGGGUCCUCACAGAGGACGACGCCGACGCGAAGCCCAUGGACAGCUACCUGGGCUGGGUGCCGAUCUGUGCCGGGAUGUCGACGGACGAGG